AUGUUUGCCAAAAAGAGAAGUAGAAGUCCAACUGAAAGUGCUGAGAAAGAUGAUACGAAAAAGUUAAAGAUUAACACAGAAUCUCAUGAAAUUGAAGUCUGUAAUGACAAAUCAAAAAUAGGAAAUGGAAUAAAUAGUAAAUCCGAUGAUGAAAAUUCUCAAGAAAGUAAAACAACUUCACCGAACUCAGUUUCCGUGAAGUUAAACAAUGAAAGUAGUCUUGUAGAUAAAGAUGAAAACCACAAUAUUGAAGCUAAAACUGUUCCUGAAAUUAUUAAUACUAACAGUAGUUGUAAUGACCAAGAAGAGGAAGAAAUGACUAAAGACAGCCUUGAAAAUAAAGUCGAACCAAAUGCUAUAGAAGAACAAGAUAAAACGGAACCAAAACCAACUGCUAAAAUUCCAGAUAUGGAGAAAUGUGAUAUUUGUGGACAGUUUUUAAAUAACUCGGAUAUUAUAUACUAUCAAGGACAUCCUCAGGAUUCGGUUGAGGAAUUCAUAGCUCUUACUAAUGAAAAAUUGGUAUUGGCCUCAGGUAAAACUAGCUUGUCGCCGUGGAGUUCGGUUAUAUCGCAUUUCCAAGAGAACCUUUCAAAAGUGUGGGUUAAAAAUUAUCCUAUGUUCUUUCUCAAGGUCAACUCUAUCUCUGUACCAAAUUUCAUUAAAAUCAGUGAUGAGGGAGACAUAAUGGAAAGACCGCAGACUAAUAUAACAGGAUUCUCAAUAUUCGAUCAACAUGGCCAUUUAUGUCCCAUAGACGGAGGUCUUAUUGAGAGUGAUGUAAGAAUAUAUAUGUCGGGCUAUCUUAAAUCUAUUUGUUCUGAUUCACCUGAAAUCGAUGAAGACUCUAUAGCAGUUAAAGAUGUCGGUCCGAUCAUAGAAUGGUUUAUUCAUGGAUUCGAUGGAGGUUCAAGAAAUUGUAUUACACUGUCUACGGAAUUUGGUGAAUACAAUCUGCUAAAACCGAGCACUGAAUAUACUCCGUUAAUGGACAAUUUGUAUGAAAAAAUAUGGCUCAGUAAAGUGGUGGUUGAAUAUUUAGAAGAAUACCACUAUCUUCAGCCAACUUAUGAGGAUUUGUUAGAAGUUAUAAGAGAACAUUCAAUACCAGAUUUGGAGGACAAAAAAAUGACUGAAGAAAUGCUUCACAAACAUGCACAAUUUGUUUGUGACCAAGUUGUUAGUUUAGAAACUGAUGAAGACAAUGAACCCUUGAUAACCCUUCCCUGUAUAAGAGAGUUAAUAAAAUUAAUGGGAAUAAAAUUCGGCAAAAGGAAAGUUCGCGCGAAAAUAGACUACAAGAAGAUUGACAAGAAAGCUUGGACCAAAGCAACAACAACUCCGCUCGUUCAGAAGACAUUCGAGCAUUUCUUUGCGAACCAAUUAGAUAAGACGAAUCAUGAGUUGGUAUUGAGAAGAAAACGUUGUGGGGUCUGUGAAGCUUGCCAAUUACCUGAUUGUGGCGAGUGCAAUGCUUGCAGGGCCAUGUUAAAAUUUGGUGGACACGGCCGUACUAAAAAAGCGUGUGUUAGAAGAUUAUGUCCCAACAUGGCGGUUCAACAGGCCGAAGAUUCAGAGCUAGAAGACGAAGAAGAAUACCAACAAAUGACUGAAAAACGACAUCUCGAUAAAAUCGAUGACGCCCUACCUGUUAAACUAACAGGCGGAAAUAAUAAGAACAUUAAAUGGAUCGGUGACCCUAUUAAGGCUGACGCUACUAAAGUUUACUAUGAGAAAGUUGAAAUAGACGGAGCGGAACUGGCGCUAGGGGACUUUGUUAUGGUCGAAACAUCACAAUCGAAUAUUCCCGCGUUAGUAGCCAGGGUCACUUAUAUGUGGAAGGAGAGUAUUAAUCCUAAAGCGGGUUAUUUCCAUGCUGAAGUUUUCAUUCGAUCGUCUGACACCGUUUUGGGAGAGGUCGGUGACCCGCGAGAAGUGUUCUUGGGCGAUAGAUGCUGUCAUGGCGCCCCUUUAUCAUCGAUAUUAAGAAAAGCGUUCGUCGAGAAGAAAGAAACACCGGCUGAUUGGUUUAAGCUCGGCGGGAAGGAAGUUGUCGACCAUUUCUUUGAAGACGACGGCAAAACUUACUUCUACCAAAAAUACUAUGAAAGGUUCACGGCACGUUUCGAAGAUCUUCCGGACGAUCCUGAAUGUCCUAACGCGUUACGUAAACAUAGAUUCUGUCCAUCCUGCGAACGAAAAACGAGACGGGACGCUCGCGAUAUACCAAAGAUAUCUGGAAAACUAACAGAAAAGUCUGAAAUUGUUAAGGAAGCGAACAGAUUUGAAUGGACGACUAUCAGAUGGCGGGACCACGAUUACAAGAAGGGUUGCGGAGUGUUUUUAAAGCCUGGUACAUUUAGAUUUAAAAACUCCAUGAAUAACAACAGUAAUGGCAAUAAUAGGGUUAAAUUAGACAAAGUCGACGAGGAUAUAUAUCCGGAAUAUUAUAGGAAGACUGAUAAUUACUUGCGAGGCUCGAAUAUAGAUACCGGGGAGCCGUUCUGUGUUGGUUAUAUAGCAGCGGUGACUGCGGCUAGUGAAGGACCAUUGGUUAUACCACAAGAUAUAUACAUUAAAGUCAAUGUUAUGUACCGGCCAGAGAACACUUACAAUAGAUUCCCACAUCACGAAGACGUCAACGUAGUAUAUUGGAGCGAUGAAAUCAAGGAAAUAUCGUUUUCAGCAGUCGUAGGACCCUGUAAUAUAUGUUAUGUAGACAACAUACCACAGCAAGACCACAUUUACGACUGGCUAGAGAAGGACCCAAGUAGAGUAUACUUCCGGAUGGCAUUUAAUAAGAAAACCGGUCAAAUUGAGGACGUUCCGCAAAGCGUUAAAUAUGUUGGUAGAGGUGAUAAGGGUAAAGAUAAAGGCAAAGGGAAAGGGAAGUCGAGUAAAGGCACGCAAUCUACACCCACUGUGAAAGUCGAUGAAGUUAAAGUUAGGCCGUUAAGGACUUUGGACGUGUUCGCGGGUUGCGGCGGUUUAUCUGAAGGCCUUCAUAGAUCAGGUGUCGCCGAAUGUCGCUGGGCCGUCGAAAAUCUAGAAGCCGCCGCUCACGCUUAUUCCCUCAAUAAUAAAAACUGCAUCGUGUUCAACGAAGAUUGCAACGCUUUGCUGAAAGACGCAAUGGACGGGGCGACUCAUAGUGCGGGUGGAUUGAGAAUACCGAUGCAAGGUGAAGUGGAACUGCUCUGCGGUGGACCGCCGUGUCAAGGGUUCUCAGGGAUGAACAGAUUCAACUCCAGAGAAUAUUCAAACUUCAAAAACUCUUUAGUUGCAUCGUAUCUGUCGUUCUGCGAUUUUUACAGGCCUAAAUACUUCAUAUUAGAGAAUGUUAGGAAUUUCGUCGCCUUCAAGAAGGGGAUGGUCUUGAAAUUGACUCUCAGAGCGUUAUUGGAUAUGGGAUAUCAAUGUACGUUCGGUAUCCUUCAGGCUGGGAAUUAUGGGGUACCGCAGACUCGUAGGAGACUCAUUAUAUUAGCCGCGGCGCCGGGCUACAAGCUUCCUUUAUAUCCGGAACCCACGCACGUUUUCAGCAGACGAGCUUGCUCAUUAACAACCACCAUAGACGGAAAGCGUUUCGUUACUAACAUACAAUGGGAUGAAUCCGCACCCAGACGAACUUGCACCAUACAGGAUGCCAUGAGCGAUUUACCACAGAUAUGUAACGGCGCGAAUAGAAUAGAAAUAGAUUACGGCUGUAUGCCAGAAACAUACUUCCAGAGACUUAUUAGGAGUAGAGAUGAGAGCGCGAAAUUAAGGGAUCACAUAUGUAAGAAUAUGGCGCCGCUUAUACAGGCACGUAUGAGUAGAAUACCGACUACACCCGGCUCUGAUUGGAGAGAUUUACCAAAUAUAUCCGUUGCACUAUCAGAUGGUACCAAAUGCAAGGUGUUACAAUAUCGUUACGACGACAUCAAGAACGGUCGAUCUUCCAGCGGCGCUCUACGCGGUGUCUGCGCAUGCGCAGCCGGCGGAGCGUGUUCCGUGGCUGACAAACAAGAAAACACGCUCAUACCGUGGUGUCUACCGCACACAGCCAACAGACAUAACAAUUGGGCUGGACUCUAUGGUCGUAUAUCAUGGGACGGCUACUUCAGUACAACAGUGACGGAUCCCGAACCGAUGGGAAAACAAGGCCGUGUUCUUCACCCGGAGCAAAACCGCGUCGUUUCUGUUCGUGAAUGCGCUCGCUCGCAAGGAUUCCCCGACACUUACUUAUUUGCUGGUUCCAUACAGGAUAAACAUCGACAGGUUGGAAACGCAGUGCCGCCACCUUUAGGAGCGGCGUUAGGAAGAGAAAUCAAGAAAGCAUUGAGUGCCUUAUCUUGA